AUGAUAACGUUGCACGAUACAAUCGGACAAGACGGUUGUCAGUUUGUAUGUUCCGUUUUUGAAGCUGACUACGAAUUUAAAGUCGUUGAGCUUAUAUUCUCAGCUGACAAUGCCUUACUUCUUUUUUGUAUCCUACGGGACAGGAAUUGGCCCUUCGCGUUUGUUUGGGACGUAAGGAAGAAAGUAGAACCACAGUCAUUUGACCCACCAGGGCUUCUUUCUGAGAAUUUCUGCUGCUGUUUUACAGUUGAUAACAAAAUAGUGUUGUGCACUGAGCUCUAUAUUGAGAUAUGGGAUCAGGCAGCAAGUCCAUGUCAUUUAUUAAAAAGACUAGCUCUCGAUGUGCUUUACAACGAGAAUGACAAGAUUACCUUUUGUACCGUUUCACCGAACAAUGAUCUACUGGCUUGUUGCGUUGUGGAUCGAAUCCUACUCUACUCGCUUAACAAUCCUACCAAUCAGCCCUAUUUGAACGAGCUACCUCGUGCCCAUUUAGGCAAAAUCGAGUUUUGUCGGUUUUUGAAUGGGAAUCGCUACAUCAUAUCAUAUGGUAUUGAUGGUGCUGUGUUCUUGUGGGACUUACUUGAGCGGAGAGCCAUUUCGUUUAUUAAAAUUCCACUGGAGGGUGACAACAUUUCUUUCAUGACUGUGUCCCCAAAAGAGAACAAAGUAGUUGGUUGUACUUCAUUUGGGGGAUUCUUUCAAAUUAAUCUGAAGGGAUUAAAAUCCGAGAUGUUGUCAUUAGAGCGGUUUCAACUGGAACGAAUGAGGAAAGAGCACAAUGUGUUAACCCUCACUGGAGCAGUUUGCCCCAUUGCUGAACAGAUUGGUGAGAACACGGACACUUCAAAAGUAGUGGAAGAGAUGGAUUUUAUGUGUCCUUCUGACAUCAGCGAAGACAGCGAUGGAGAUGAAUCAGAAAAUUCAGGGGCUGAUCAAUAA